CACAGUAACAAUGUCUCCUUCCCAAACCAAAUAUUCGUUCGUAUCUGGCAUUGAAGAUGCCCAAAUGAAAAGCACCUGCGCAAUCGAAGAGCCAUGUAGUACAGACAAAACGUCUGGAAAUGGUUACAUCAUAUCGCGAAAUUGGAAUCUUCAGAUUGCUGUUUCUUCACGAUCUCGUACAUGGUACGUUGCCUCGCUCGGUUGGCACUCGAAAUGUUUGUGCCGUGACUGCUCACGAUGA